CGCGUCCAAGGCGAUCGCACGCGUCUACGCCUGCGCGAAACACGUUUAAAAAAGAACGAAACAUUAUACGGAACGGAAUAUAUUGAUACUUGAAAAUAAUUAGAAUUUAAAACCACCGUUGUUGUUGCACGAUCAAAAUCUUAUUAAAAAUACAAACAAGAAUUAGCUGGUUAUAAUUUUAAUUUAAAAAUAAUAUAAAAUUUAAAAACAGAAUCAUUUUUCAGCGGGAAAAACGUGGUAUCCGUGAAAGUUCUUGUUAAAAUACAUUAGUUAUUUAUUUUCAAUACGCAGAGGCUGCGUGAACUAGUUAAAUAAAUUAUUAUUCUACGAAUAUUUGAAUCUAAUUUCAAUUAAAACGUUGAAAAUUUUAAAACAAAAUGGUGAACAAAGUUUAUAAAGUUAGUUCGGAGAAGGGACCACAACAAGGGAGCAAACAUAAUCAAAUAUUAAUGUCAAUAGUUGUAUGCCUGCCCAUUCUAGCGUACGGAACGGCAAUGGGCUGGAUAUCUCCUCACAAGGCUUUACUCAUGGGAAAUUCUUCACCGUCACAUGAACCUUCAAGUGAAGAAGCUGUAUCGUGGAUGGCUUCCAUCAUGUUCAUAUUUGCCCCUAUAGCCGUCUUCAUCUACGGAGCAGCAGCAGACAAGUUUGGGAGGAAGAAUGCCUUAUUAUGCGCAUCUGUGCCUAUUGCUCUAGGCUGGGCGGUAAAGCUUAUCUGCGCUCAUCCAAUUGCUCUCAUCGGCGCAAGAGCACUCAUUGGCUUCGGGUCUGGAGGAGCCUUCGUCGUCUGCCCUCUCUACGUCAAGGAGAUCAGCGAAGACUCCAUCAGAGGGAUGACUGGCACGUUCAUUAUAUUCUCACAGACGAUGGGUAAUCUGCUGGUAUUUAUCCUUGGAGAUCUACUGGCAUUCAACACUGUAUUAUGGAUCUGCAUGGCCAUCCCGCUGGUGCACUUCUGCAUCCUGCUGCGGCUGCCCGAGACGCCGUCAUACCUGAUCAAGUGUGGAAAGAAAGAGGAAACAGCGAAGACGCUGUCAUGGCUGCGGUCUUUGCCAGUAGAUGAUAAGAUGAUUAGCGAGGAGGUAGACCGGUUGUUAGUGGAACAGACCACCAGUGAGCCCAAGUUCUCGCCCAUGCUGCUUUUUUCAAACAAGACAGCUGUGAAAGCAUUCUGGGUGGCGCUAAUAGUCAAUUUGACCAGGGAAUUCUGCGGCUGCAUAGCAGUGUUGGUCUACGCGAGCCAUAUCUUUGCGGAAGCCGGCAAGGAUCCCCACACCAGCAUCGCUCUGACUCCAAACAAACAGUCCAUCCUACUCGCUGCGGUCCAGAUCUUCGGCAGCUUCCUCGCCUGCCAACUUGUUGAUAGAGCUGGUCGGAAGCCUCUUCUAGCAGUGACCUCUGUGGUAGCAGGGUUCAGUAUGUGCCUGCUGGGCGUGUGGUUCUACCUGCAGAGCAUCGGCGUGUACAUGCCAGGUUGGGUGCCCAUCGUAGCACUAUGCACCUGCAUUUUCGCUGAUGCGUCGGGCUUGCAACCGCUACCGUUCGUUAUUAUGACCGAGAUGUUCAGUUUUCAGCUGCGCGGCACAGUAGCAACGCUAAUCAUGGCGAUAUCCCUCGGCACAGACUUCGCACUGCUAAAGGUCUUCGCCCCCCUCAACUCCUGGAUAGGCUACCACUCCACCUUCUGGAUAUUCAGCUGCAUCUGCUUAUCUAACGUCUUCUACCUCAUCUUCUGCGUGCCAGAAACUAAGAUGAGAAGUCUAGAAGAUAUCUACGCCGAUCUAGAAGGCAGAAAGAGAAGGACGAAGGAAGAGGAAAUCGUUGAAACUAAUCAUGUAUAGCUGUUAGUAUGUAUGUGUGUAUGGAAGAAUCGUAGUAGAUAAUUGUACAAAGUUAGGUUUAAGAUGGACGAGCUAUAAUACUGGAGGACAGUUAACUAACCUAAUCUCAUCCAGAUUCUAAGAGAACUUCUGAUAUAUAAAAUGUAAUGUUACCACAGCAACAUAUUAUAAUGUAAUGGCAGAAGUAAGUACAUACGAAAAUAAUUGUUGCUUGAUAGUUUGUUCAGAUUACGUAUAAGUAGGUAGAAUUAUGAACCUAAAAAUUGCUUCUCUUCAUUUUAAUCAGAAUAAUAAUGCGUGGAAGGUUAUUGUGCCUAGGUCCAGUAAAAAGGGUCAUCAUUUAUACCUAAAAGCAAAGAUAAAUACCAACAUGAGUUUCCGGAAGCGAAAUUCAUUUUCAUUUUGUGAAACUCAUACCAUUAUCAUUAGCAAACUUUGUUAUGUUCCCUAACUUUUAAGUAAGUAACUUUUAAAGAACAUUUAUGUCAACACACGUCGUGAUCUAAAUAAAACAAUUAAGAACAUCUUAUAAACAAAUGUAAUAACGCCAAUAAAUUUUGUACCUGUUUUGAAUGUAACUUGUGAAGUAAAGUUAUAUGUAUGCUUCACAGUGCAAAGUUUGCUCUUGUCCUUUAAAUCACUCACUGCGUUCAUAACACAAUAACGAGUGAUAUCUCUCGUUUCUUUCCUAAUAAGCUAUAUACCGAUAGUGCGAAAGAGACGGAAGAUACUUAUGCCACUCUAAUGAUGAUGUGAUCCAGUCGAUUUCGGCUACGGCGACUGCUUCAACUCCGACGUUCAUGUGCUCGCAUGUGGCUUAUAUAGCCAAUCUUGUUGGGAUAGAUCAUCGCACACAGCUGGCAUGUGAGCACACCAUUUAAAUAUGUAUAAUUGAUCAACGUAGGCGGUCCGGCUUUCAAUUCAUCGCGCUUGGCGUCAAGCUCUAAGCGCCGUCGAUGUUCAAAGUCAUGGACUCAAAUGCUACGUUAAAAGGAGUUUAGUUACAGUUAUACAAUAAUAUACUUCGCUAGUUCGUGUUUUAACACGUUAACAGUCCAGUGAUCCAUAUGCGGGUCAUGACGGACUAGCUCCAUACGUCCGUGACCCAUAUUGGGUCACUAAAAAACGACCAGGUACGAACUAAGGGCGGGUGCUCCGACGUAUAAAAAUUGAAGUAAUAUGCGCGACUUACAAGGAAAUCACAUUUUGUAUGCGGACUGUCAACGUGUUAAAUAUAUAAAUAAAAAAGUAUAAAAUGUAAUCUAUAGCGAUAGUGAAAGUCAAGGAUUAUACCCAAUAAACAGUAGUCCCCUCUUCUGUCCCCCGCUGUGACACCUGGGAAUCUUCUUCCCACUUGUCACCAGGGAGGUGACAAUAUUUGUCAUCGGGGAGGUGACAAUGUUCGUCAUUGGGGAGGUGACAAUUAUUUUGCUACCCACGGGCCAAAACCUGUGCCGAUUCUAUGCAAUACCUACGUAUAUAAAACCGAAAGAAAUAAUCUUAACUGUUUUUUUGUUAUUAGUCUGAAGUCAUUUAUUGGUGCUAAUUCCUGUAAAUACCAUCUAAUUUUAUUUUAAGUUAUAUCUGUCCUUUUCUUAUCCGCCGAAAAGGAAAGGGACGGGUAAUCGACAAGCAUAAAAUUUAUGGAACACACGUCAAUUUUAAGCACAAAUCUAAACCAACCGUCUAAAAAUUUUACGUCAGUCAAUAACCCGACACAUUAAUUUACUCAUUCUUUCUAAAAUUAAGAGCUGUGAAUCAUCCGUCCCUUUCCUUUUCGACGGAUACGAAAAUGACGGAUAUAACCUAAAAUAAAAUUAGGCGGUGUCUGCAGGAAUCGGGGCCAUUAUAUUGUAUAAAUUAGUGAUUAAGACAGUGUAAAUAUUGUGAUAUAAGUAGGUACUAAAAUAAUAAAUAUACUUAGACAUUUA